AUGUUCUCUUCCACUUCCCUCUCGGCAGCAUGCCUGCUCCUCGCCUCGGUCCAGCCCGCCCUGGCACACAUGGAGAUGCGAUGGCCUUUGCCAUUACACAGCAAAUUCAACCCGGACACGCCAGAGAACAAAAUCGACUACAGCAUGACUUCACCCUUGAAGAACGAUGGAUCCGACUUUCCUUGCAAAGGUUACCAAAACGACCGACCAUUCAUCCCGACAGCAUCCUACACCGCGGGACAGGCCUACAACAUGACAUUGGCCGGAAGCGCAACCCACGAAGGAGGCUCAUGCCAACUCUCCCUUUCCUACGACAAUGGUGCCACCUUCAAGGUCAUCAAAUCCAUGAUCGGCGGCUGCCCUCUCGUCAACACCUAUGACUUUACCAUUCCCUCCUUCGCUCCUGCGGGCGAUGCUCUCUUCGCUUGGACAUGGCAGAACAGAGUGGGCAACCGCGAAAUGUACAUGAACUGUGCUCAAGUCAGCAUCGCCGCCAGCAACACCAGGCAACGACGCCAGGAGGCUUUCAGCACCUUUGAGAGUCUUCCAUACCUCUGGAAAGCCAACCUUCCCGGUAUCAACGGAUGUGAGACGACGGAGCGUGUUGACCCUGUGUACCCCAACCCAGGCAGUGAUGUCGUCUUUGGCGCUGGUCUUUCCGACAUCAGCAUUCCAUUC